AUGAAAUACUUAAUAUUCUUCGCAUCCUUAUCAAUAGCAAAUGCAGCAGUUAUAUCGAUGUCCCUAUUUGGUGGAAAUUAUGGUGAUCCUCAUUAUACAACAUUAGAUGGCAAUUCGUAUACAUUUAAUGGUUAUGGUGAAUAUACAUAUUUAGCCAUAUCUGAUGAAAGAGUUAAACAAAGAUCGGCUAAUUUUAAUCCAAAUCAAUCGUAUAAGUUUAUGUCUCAAAUUAGAACAAUACCAUUACAAAAUACAACAACAUCAGCAAGUAAAGUGACAGUUACAAGUGGAUUUGCUGCCAGAUCAAACGUUGCCGAUGCUCAACCCAUUAGCGUUACUGUAUCACGACAUAAAUCAUUGGUUAUUUGUCGCGGCAAUGAAAUAUUAAAAUUUAUUUCAGCAUCAUCAAAUUCAAAUAACGUAACUCUUGUCUUUCACGAUGUAAUAAUUGAAAAAAAUUUAACAAACGAAAUUACUACUUUGUCAUGGCCAAUUGGUGUUAUCAUUCAAAUUACUCCUGUUAAAAUCACAAAACCAAUAUUGGGUAUUGUUUUAAAUGUGAUAGUAUCACUUUCAAAAAUCUAUAAAGGGCAAACAUAUGGACUAAUGGGCAAUUACGAUGAUAAUGCAACAAAUGAUCUUCAAAAUAGCAAAGGUGAAUUUAUUAAGCCAAGUGAUACUGUAGAACACAUUCACAAACGAUUUGGCAUAACAUGGUCAAUUGAUCCGCUGAAAUCUUUAUUCUAUUAUGAAGCCGGUACAGAAUCAGCAACAUUUUAUCAUGAACAAAAUCAAAUAUUUCAACCAAUGUUUAACGACCCCAGGCCUAUUAGACGACAAUUAGAUACAGCUAUAUUUGAUGCAUGUCAUAUUUCAACAAAUGCAUCAGGAAAUUUAUCAUCAUGGAGCGUAGCACAACGAAUGUGCUACUAUGAUAUAUCAGUAACGAAUGAUUUUCAAUUCGGUCAGAGCUCAUUAGCAGCCGGUGAAGAAUUACGUCAAAAACAACAACACUCGGCAUCUAAUAGAUUUGAACCAAUAAUAUAUAUGAUGGCUAUCAUUCUAGGACGACUUUUUAUAUAA